GAAAUAGCCUCAUAGUUAAUAUUGGACUGAGUGAUUUGACUGUUUCGAUUGUCAUUAUUCCCAUUUCUAUCGUAAGCUUGCUAGCCAUGAAUAAAAGUGAAGAAUUGACACCAUUAUCAGUUUGCAAAUUUCAAUGGUUUUUAGCUGCUUGCACGUUUUUGAUUAGCGUUUUGACUUUGGCUGUGACAUCGAUAGAAAACUACAUGAGACUUUGUACUUCUCAAGAAGGCCCCCAAUGGUUUGGUCGAUCAAAUGUGACCGCAAUUAUUAUCCUGAUUUGGUUCAUUGGAUGUGUCGCCUCGAUUAUUCAUUGUACUUACAAUGUCAGCUUUGAUUAUUGCAAUAGGAAAAGAAGCAAACCUUUGUUGCCCUUUGAAACAGGUUUAAUGGUCAUCCUAAUUGUACUUCCAAUUCUCAUCACAUUACUUGUUCACAUUCGAGUAAUUAUCGAUGCUAAGAAAUUUAUGAGUCAGCCAACAUUCAAAGCAACUGCAAUGUACAAAGCUGAUGUUUCAUUAGUUCGGAGUAAUUUUUAUUGUUUUAUAUUUUUUAUUUUAUGCUGGUUACCAUAUUCUAUUGUUUUCGGAAUAUCUAACUCAAACUCAACUCAUCAUAUCAGCGACAAAACAUUUUAUUGCACCGCAUGGUUAGGAUUAUCAAAAUCCUGUGUUAGCAAUAUCAUUUACUGCUUUACGAAUCGUCAUUUUCGAACUGCUUAUGUGAAACUUUUUAAUUAUUGUUGUUGUAAAACAACUGUAACGACAGCAAGACGACGUCAGCAAGAUACAACAGGUAGAUCAGACGUGAGAGUACACAUUAUUCCAGGAUACAACAUGUAUUCCUAUACAAGUCCACAGCGAUCUGGAAAUCAUUCUGAAAUUUAGUUCUAAACUUUCUUAAUUAAAAUUUAUGAUCUACUUUUGGUUCAAGUAUUACAAAACUUCUGAGACAAUGGCAAAGUCCUAAAACCGAAAAGCUACCUAGAUGGUCAUUCAUUUAAUGUCGUUCAAGAUGCUAUAUAACAGAACGUUCAUAAGUUAAGAUGAGUGUAAUGUGAAAUAAAAAUUUUAUGUAUGAUUGGGAAUUUUCAAGGAUAAAAUACAACAACAGAAAUUAACUUUUCAAUAUUGAAAUUCCGGUUUGGAUCUAUUUAUCUAAGUACAUUUCCCAUAUUAAGCAAUCUCAUGUUUAUUUUUUUAUGUUUGUUUAAGAAAUGAAAGGGAUCUCAAAUAAGAUAA